GACCAUCACUGCAUCAGUUCACUUUCGCUUCAACCUUUCUACAGCUUGGUCUGUCAUUCUUUUACAUUCAUUCCAGUCAUUCGCUCGAAUCAACCUUGCUUAGAAACACCUUCGUUUUCCACAACUCCAACAAUCCCUCAUCAAGAUGCUCUACUCUACCACCACCGUCGCUCUCCUUGCGGGCAUGAUGCCCAUGGCUUCUGCCCAUUACUUCUUCGAAUCGCUUGCUGUUAACGGCGUGGCUUCAUCUGAUUUCGUCCGGUCAAACACCCGACCGAUAAGCUACAUGCCUACCAAAUGGAUAAACUCCUUCGAUAAUACCACCCCUGACAGUAUCGACUUCAGGUGCAAUGUUGGAGCUACCAACAAGGGAGCGAAGGGCACUGCUAAGGUGAAGCCUGGAGACUCCCUCGACAUGAUCCUUGGUGUGAAGGCAAAGAUGGAACACCCUGGCCCUGGCCAGGUCUACAUGUCAAAGGCCCCUACCACUGCUGGUGCCUACGACGGCUCCGGUGAGUGGUUCAAGAUCCAUCAGGAGACUAUCUGCAACCCAGCUGGCGACAUCAAGAAAGAUGCUUGGUGCACUUGGGCCAAGGACCGCAUCUCCUUCAAGAUCCCGCAGGGAAUCCCUGACGGUGACUACCUCAUCCGCUCUGAGCACAUUGGCCUCCACGGCGCCCAUGACCGCCAGGCUGAGUUCUACUACGGAUGUGCUCAGGUCACUGUUUCCGGUGGAUCUGGUACGCUCCCGAAGGGCGUGUUGAUUCCUGGAAUCUACAAGUCAACCGACCCUGAGGUAAACUUCAGCGUCUGGUCCGGCAAGAAGGACUACCCUGCUAAGGGUCCUGGUCCUGCUGUCUUCACUCCUGGUACUUCUACUACCCCUCCUACCGAGUCUUCUCCUUCGUCUGCACCGGUUCCCUCCAAGCCAGCCGCUUCAGCACCUGCUCCUUCAGCGCCUGCUCCUUCUGCACCGGCGCCUUCUGCACCGGCUCCUUCUGCACCGGCUCCUUCUGCACCCGCACCUGCACCUGCACCUCCCUCCGACGACGACUACCCCACUGACGACUACCCCACUGACGACUACCCCACUGACGACUACCCCACUGACGACUACCCCACCGGCGAUGUUCCCUCCAAGCCUGCUGAGGUACCAGCUGCGCAGGCCAGCGCUGACCCCUCAAAGUGUGGCAUGUUUGUCCGCCGCCAUGCCCGCGACAUCGCCAACUUCAUUGGCUUGUAA